CGCCCCAGCUCUAGUUUUGUGAUUGUGUUGUGUCAAAAAUACAGGGUUUUAUUGUUGCAUUUGCAAUUUAAUCCGACAAAUAUCAGGCGUGGAGUUAUGCGCGAGACGUCGUUGCCAGCGACCAGAGAGCCGAGCGGCCCCACGUGUAUGUGUUCCCCGGGCGUUGGCAUUCGUUAUUAAUUAAAUCAGCCGCCAACAGCUGAGCGAGCGACGGAGAUAGAGAGGGAGAGGCAGAGGCAGAGAGAGAGAGAGAGAGUUAACGGCACCGAUACAGGCCACUUCCACUUCCAACCGAAUCGCGGCAGCGGCAGAGGCAGCGGCAGCAGCAGCAGCAGCGCAGCGCAGUCAGCUGAGGCUUGGUAAUUAAAAGGAAAGACCUGAAAAAGUCACCAAGUCGGAGAGUCGCAGGCACAGGCGCAGGCGAGGCACAGUCGCAGUCCCCAUCUCAAUCGCAGUCGCCGAGACAGAGAUUCCACUCGUGUCGCACGUCCGUGCUCGUUCGUUCCCACAUUGUCGUUAUAAAAAUAGCAACGCCUUAAACGAUCGCAUCAGCCUCAUCAACAGAACACCACCACUGAAACCACCUCCAUCUCCUCCGCCUCCGCCACCGCCACCGCCACCGCCGUCGCCGCAUCACCAUCAUCUUCAUUAGCGGGCAGCCCGGCAGAGUAACCGAUCUUGAUUGCGAUCGCCAGCAUAUGUAAUCCCCUGCUAAUCCGACCCCUUCCUCCGGACCACAGAUUCCUCCCUGCCGAGUCGGCAGCCGGCAAGAUUUCACUGGAUCUAAUGGCCAAGGACGAGGAGGAUGACCUGCUGCCCGACAAGGAUGCGGCCAAGGGCUUCUAUGCCAAGUACGAGCCCAAGGAGAUCCUGGGCAGGGGCAUCAGUUCGACCGUGAGGCGGUGCAUCGAGAAGGAGACGGGCAAGGAGUUCGCCGCCAAGAUCAUCGACCUGGGCGCCACCACAGAGGCGGGCGAGACGAAUCCAUAUCACAUGCUGGAGGCAACCAGACAAGAAAUCUCAAUACUGCGCCAGGUCAUGGGGCAUCCCUACAUAAUUGAUCUGCAGGACGUGUUCGAGUCAGAUGCAUUUGUUUUCCUCGUAUUCGAGCUGUGUCCCAAGGGCGAGCUCUUCGACUAUCUGACCUCCGUGGUGACGCUCUCCGAGAAGAAGACGCGCACCAUCAUGCGCCAGAUCUUCGAGGGCGUCGAGUACAUACACGCCAAGAACAUUGUCCACCGCGACCUCAAGCCCGAGAACAUCUUGCUGGACGAGAACCACAACGUGAAGAUCACGGACUUUGGCUUCGCCAGGCAGCUGCAGGAGGGCGAGAAACUUACAGAUCUGUGUGGAACGCCGGGCUAUUUGGCGCCGGAAACGCUUAAGUGCAACAUGUUCGAGGGAUCGCCCGGCUAUUCGCAGGAAGUGGACAUAUGGGCCUGUGGCGUGAUCAUGUUCACGCUGCUCGUGGGCUGCCCGCCUUUCUGGCACCGCAAGCAGAUGGUCAUGCUGCGGAACAUCAUGGAGGGCAAGUACAGCUUCACCUCGCCCGAGUGGGCCGAUAUUUCAGAGGAUCCCAAGGAUCUGAUACGCAAAUGUCUAGUCGUUGAUCCUGCGCAACGUAUCACCGUCAAGGAAGUAUUAAGACAUCCAUUCUUCAACCAAAUGGUGCUGAUGGGUGACCGCCGGCCUGCGGCACCGCCCGUCGCGGCCGCCCACCCGAGCGGCAGGCACCUCCUCCUGGGCACCGAGUCGUCAUCGUACCGCUUCGGGCAGCUGAACAGCAGCAGUGGCGCCGGCUACCUGUACUGCGCGCCGCAGAGCUCCUACUCGUCGAAUCGAAUGCGCGACGGGCCGCUGGACGAUGCGGCCGCCUCCUGCCAUGCCAUGUCAACCGCCUCCGCCUCCUCCUCCGCCGCCGCGGCCCUGGCGUCCUCCUCCCUGGCAUCCGCCUCCUCCCACAAAACGCUCACGGCGACGGUCUACUACCAGCAGCAGCCGCAGCAGCUCCAGUCGCAACAGUCGCACCAGCAGCAGCAGCAGCAGCAGCAGUAUCCGCCACAGCAGACGACGCAACUGGCGGGGCAAUUGCAGCCAGGUGGCGAUGGCAAGCAGGCGGUGUACACACCUCCUCCAGUGCAGCUGCGCAAACAGAGUCGCUUCAACGCGCGCAAAAAGUUCCAGUUCGCCAUACUCGUGAUACGGGCCGUCAUCCGGAUACGGCGCCUGCGCUACACCGCCGAGCCGCUGCACGUUGAGGAGGCCAUCCGGGAUCCGUACCGCGUCAAGGUGCUGCGCAAGGUCAUCGAUGGCUGUGCCUUCCGUGUCUACGGGCACUGGGUGAAGAAGGGCGAGGGCCAGAACCGGGCCGCCCUCUUCGAGAAUACUCCGCGCACCGAGCUGCACGCGCUCUACAUCAACAAUCUCAGCCGAUAGGAGGCGGCCGGGCGACGGGGCGUGGUCGCUGAGCUACAAAGCACACACAAAAAACACAAGAAACAUAGAAAACGGAAGAAAAGCAAGGAAACCAAGCAACUAACGAAUUAGCAAAAGUUACUAAGAAGACAGGAAAUUGCGAUUGCCAGAGGAGCGACACCAAGCAGGACUCAGCCGCUCGCCUCGUUCUGCCCCCGGGUUUUAGAGCGCUCCGCGGGCAUGGAAUACCAAACCAGGGAGACAUCCGGAGGUGCACAGACGCCUGGCUACAUUACCUCUCCGCCCCUUUCGUCCUUGUGAUUUUGUUGAACACCUUUAUUUGAUUUUAUGCCUCCUUUCCUCAUAGUCAGUUAGAGUGGAGGGGCUCUGGGCGGCCAGCUGCACACCUAGAUAGACGGACGGACGUAUUACCCGGCGCCAGAACGAGCCGAGUCGCAGGCGGAGCGGUCCUUGCCUCGCCAUCCGCACCCGAGCACAGCCCCACAAGCAAGCGUACAUGCAUAUGUAUUUUCUGUUAACGAUUCUAUUAAAUUAUUUAAUUGUA